AUGGCAGCCUCUUCAAACUCCAAGUGUCCUUAUUACUCCUCAUGCCCUGCCAUUGUUUUAAUGCUCCCAUGGCUGGCUCAUGGUCACAUAUCUCCUUUCCUAGAUCUAGCCAAGAAGCUCUCGACAAGAAGCUUCAUUGUUUUUCUCUGUUCUACACCUGCCAACCUUAGCUCUGUCAAAGACAAGCUUACUCCAGAAAACUCUAUAUUCAUACAACUAGUAGAGCUCCAUCUUCCAUCCUUACCUGAGCUUCCUUCUUCCUGGCACACAACCAAUGGCCUCCCUCAUCAUCUUAUGUCCCACCUUAAAAUGGCUUUUGACAUGUCAACUCCCAGCCUCACUACCAUCCUAAGGACCUUAAAACCAGAUUUGCUCAUCUAUGAUUUUCUUCAACCAUGGGCACCAGCAGCUGCUUCCAUAUAUAACAUUCCAAGUGUUCUAUUUCUUACCACAGCAGCAGCACCAAUUUCUUUUGUUAUUCACACAUUUGGUCAUACCUGUAUUGAAUACCCUUUCCCUGAGAUUUAUCUUCGAGAAUAUGAGAAAAGUAAGAUGGCCCGUGCCGCAAAUGGCCAGAAAGAUGCAGAUCGGUUCUUCAUGUGUGUGGAGAAAUCAACUAGCAUCAUUUUAAUAAAAACUUUCGGAGAGAUUGAGGGAAAGUACAUAGAAAGUCUAUCUUCUACAACUAAAAAGAAGAUAGUUCCCGUUGGGUCCCUUCUUCAUCAGAACCCAAACAAGGAAAAUGAUCAGCUGACAGAAAUCAGCAAAUGGCUCAACAAGAAGGAUCAAACUUCAACUGUGUUCGUCUCUUUUGGUAGUGAGUAUUUCUUGUCUAGUGAGGACAUGAAAGAGAUAGCUCAUGGGCUUGAGCUCAGCAAGGUCUGCUUCAUAUGGGUGGUCAGAUUUCCUACAGGGGACAGCAGGAAUGCUGAAGAGGCACUCCCACAAGGGUUCCUUGAGAGGGUUGGGGAAAGAGGGAUGGUUGUGAAUUGGGCUCCCCAGAGAGAAAUUAUUGGGCAUCCAAGCAUUGGUGGCAUUGUAAGUCACUGUGGAUGGGGUUCUGUGAUGGAGGCAAUCGAGACUGGUGUUCCAAUUGUGGCCAUGCCCAUGCAGCUUGAUCAGCCUUGGAAUGCUAGACUUGUGGAGGAGAUUGGUGUGGGUAUUGAAGUCAUAAGAGAGAGGAAUGGGCAGCUUAAUAGAGAAGAGUUGGCCAGGGUGAUCAGGAAGGUAGUGAUGGAGAAAACUGGGCAGGAUGUGAGGAGGAAAGCAAAAGAAAUGAGUGAACUGAUCAGAAAGAAAGAAGAAGAAGAGAUGGAUGGAGCAGUGAUGGAACUGUUGCAGCUUUGUGGGAAUAGUAAAUGA